AUGAGAGAUAACCACGAAGCUAAUGAUCAGAAUGGAGAUCAUGAGAAUGCUGAUGAUUGGGAUUAUAGUGGGAAUGAUGAAGGUGACGAACAUUCUUCUAAUAAUAAUCAUUUAGAUUCUAUAGAUUAUGAUGAUUAUUAUGAUGGUGACGAGCUACAAGAUGAUGAUGAUGCUGAUGAGAUGCCUGAAGAUGAGGAGGAGGAUGAAAAUGAUUAUAAUCAUGAAAGUGAUCUAGAUGGUGAAAUAGAUAUGCCUUCUUUUAGAGGUGGUGCAGCAGUUUUUGAAGAGCUUUUAGGAAAUAUGGGAAAUUCUCACACUGUGUUCCGGAGAAAUGCAGAGAGACAAAGUGGUUCAACUAAUGGCGAUUCUGAUGGUAUUACUCACAUCGAUGAUGAUAAUACAGAGACUUCCAAUACAAGACAAAUCCCUGGAAACAUUCAGGAUUUAUUUUCUAUGUUUCAGAAUAAUAUGUUUACAGGUGCAAUUCCAGGAGCUGGUAAUUCAGGAAGAGUUAAAAGGUUAAAGAAGUUGGUUGAUAAUAUUGUUAAUGCAGAAGAGGACCCGUAUAUUGCUAUGGAGAGUUUAAGAGAAUUGUCUGAACAGUUGUUAAUGAUGAAUCAAAUAGUUAUUGAUAGGGUUCUGCCUGUUGAAGAGUUGCUUGAAAGUUUGAUUAACAUUUUUAGAAACCCACUAUUGAUAGAACAAUUAGAAUUACAACUGAUGGCAGGUCGUUGCUUGCAUAGUUUAUUUGAAGUCGAUCCUGAUUGUAUGUCAAUCGCUAUUGAAAAGGAUAUUGUGGUUACUUUACAAUCAAAACUUGAAGAAAUUAGUUACAUUGAUUUGGCAGAACAAGUAUUGGAAACUUUAGAAUAUAUUUCAAGAGUCCACUGCAAAGAUAUUUUGGAGGCCGGUAACUUAUUGACGUACAUACAAUUCUUUGAUUUUUUUACUAUUCAUGCACAAAGAAAAGCCAUCUCCUGUAUUGUCAAUGCUUGCAGUAAAUUAGAAAUUAAAUACUUCCCAAUAAUUCAGGAAAUCAUGCCAUUACUUCAAACAAUUUUUUUGCAAAAUGUUGAUGAUAAUAUUAUGACAAAAUUAAUUAAUAUAAUUUGUUGCAUAUGUGCUGGUUUGAAUAAACAUUUCAAUUUUGAUGAAUUAUUCACAAUUGAAACCGCUAACAAAAUAAUAUAUUUAAUUUCCUCAUAUGAUUUGUCAGUUGAUAAUAAGGUUAAAUGCAUCGAUAUCCUUUCGAUUUUCGUUAUUAAGUCUGAAGCGAUAUCAUUAGGGUUUCUAAACUCUAAUAAGGCAGUUCCUAUGGUACUUAAAUGCAUCGAAAAUUAUGAAAAUAAGACCCAUGCCAAAGACAAUGAAUCAGAAACAAAAGAAAAUACCUUCUUUAAUGAAACUUUAAUGUUUGUUCCUGAUAAUUUGUUAAUAUCGCUUUCCAGAUUUUUAACUGUUUUGCUUCCAGAAGAACCUGAUAAUUCGUUGACCCAUGCAAACGCACUUUUAGAUAAAAGCAAAUUUAAGAAAGAUGAAUUACAAGACAUGCUGUUAGAAAUGAUACCAAUUUUAAUUGGUAUUUAUAUCAAUACUGUAGAUUACAGUAUUAAAUCUUACGCUUCAUUAGCUCUUCUAAGAUCUAUUUGUCAAUUGAAUAGUGCAAGUUUAGAAGCUGUCAAAGAAAAAAUUGUUUUGCUUUUUGAGCCAUCAUUUUUCAAAAUGCUUGAAAAUAAUAUACAUCUCACAAACAAUAAACUGGAAACAUAUAUAUCUCUAGAACUAUUAACAAUAUUAGUUGUUCUAUUCUCAGAUUUUGAAGCAAUAUUUAUGGAUACUAUUAAAAAAGAAGGUAUUCUUGAUUAUAUUAAGUCAUUAUAUUAUAAAAUUGAGCUCUUAGAUGUCAAGGAGAUAAACCAAAUGGAUGUCGAUAGUGAAAAUGAAACAAAUAAUGCAAGGGACGAGUUUAACAAUGAUAGUGAUAAUGAUAGUGCCAUACAGCAUAGUUAUGAUGAAAUGAAUGUUCCAGAUUUUGUCAAACCUAAACUAAUCAAAUUUGAUAUUUUUAGAUAUGAAACUCAAGCUCAAAUGACAACUAGAGUUUUAAAUAUGUCUAACUUUCUAUACCAAAAAGUGAAAUCAGUAUCUGUUGUAGAAAACGAUAAAAUAUCUGCUAUUAAAAAUGUUUUAAAUAAAUUAAAACAAUAUGAUAUUCAAAAUUAUAGCUAUAAUGACUGGGUUGACAUAUGGACACUUUUGAAAUCCACAAUGUUCAAAAAUGGAAGCAAUAUUUCUAGUUAUGAACUUACAACAUCAGGGCUGCUGAAAACUUUGGUUGAAGUAUUAUCCAGUUCGGAUAUGCAUAUUAAGAGAUUUUUUCUCGAAGUUUUUGAAUCUAAAUUAGAAGAGUUAGUUUCUAUUUUACAGUCAGCUCUGUCAAAGUUAGAGGAUAUUUCAAUUUUAGAAUCUGGUCUGCAAGGCGAUGAAGGUGGCAUUUCAUCAUUAAGUAAAGAAGUGGAAGUUCAAUUAGUUUAUAAAUCGGACGGUGUAAAGGAUAACAUACCAAUUAAUUUAAGGUCAGUCAAAGUAUCUAUACAUUCGAUUGCAUCGUUAAAAAUGCUGAAUGAUUUUUUAAAACAUAAAGUUGCACAGUCGAUGUUUCUAACCUCGUUAUUACCUGGUUUUAAGAAUGAAACUACUAAUUCCGAAAAUGCCAUGGCAAGUCUUAAAAAUAUUGACUUUAAAUUUUCUAUUGGUGAGAACAAAUUCAGUUCAAACGAAACUAUUUUUGGAGCCAUUUAUAGGCAUUGGACGGAAACACAUAAUGAGACUAAUUUAAAUUCAAUGUGGCUGGAGGUGCCAACUAUCUACUAUGAAAAGGUAGAGGAAGAUGAUGAUGAUGAAACAGAAAUGUUGAAUAAUAUAAGUAAUAAUAUCAAACCUAAAUUUGAUGGUUCUCUUGUUGAAGAUUUGUUGGAAUUUUUGAAAAUUUUGAAGGACUCAAAAUUGCCUAAUGAGUUAUUCAUUAAUUCCAAAAUAAGUGGGAAAUUAUCAAGACAAUUAGAUGAACCUUUAAUAGUUGCUAGUGGUGUACUACCAAGUUGGGUUCUUCAGUUAACUAAGAAUUACCAUUUUUUAUUUCCAUUUGACAUUAGGAUGUUUUACCUACAAUGUUCUUCUUUUGGCUAUGGAAGAUUAAUUGAAAGAUGGUUGUUCAGAAGUGGUAGAAUGAAAGAUCAAAGUAGCGACAAUCCAUUACAACAAUUAGGUACUCUAACAAAAAAUAAAGUUAAAUUAUCUAGGGAUAACUUGUUUGCCAGUGGUUUAAAAACUAUAGAUAAGUAUGGAUCUAAUAGAAAUACUUUAGAAAUUGAGUACAUAGAUGAGGAGGGUACCGGUUUAGGGCCUACCUUGGAAUUUUAUGCGUCUAUGUCGUUGGAAUUUGCAAAACCUUUGUUAGAUAUUUGGUUAUGUGAUGAGGAAGUGGGAAAUACUGAUACUAAGUUUAUUGAACAAGAACUAUUUCCAAAGCCAUUGAGUACAUGCUCAGAUGCGAAUAAAACUAUAGAACUUUUUAGGAUUUUAGGUAAAUUUAUUGCGAAAUCCAUGUUGGAUGGAAGAAUUGUAGAUUUUAGGUUUAAGGAAGUCUUUUUUCAGUUGUUACAUGAGCGAAUAGUAGCUGAUGAUACAAAAAAUUCUUCAAGAAAACAGAUAUUGUAUUCUCUAGAUAUUUUAUCAUUAGUGGAUACAAAUUUAUCUCAAUCAUUAAAAUAUCUUUAUAAUAACAUGUCUGAUAAUGACAUCAUAAAAGGUUUAGAUCUAAAUUUUGUGUUACCAGGUAAACAAAUAGUGGAAAUUAUCGAUGGUGGCAAUAACAUAUUAGUCACGAGCGAUAAUGUGGAAAAGUAUAUCACUGGUGUUAUCGACCAAAUGUUAUAUACAGGUAUCGAAAAACAACUAGAUGCAUUUAUAAAAGGUUUUUCGGAAUGCUUUCCUUAUAAAAAUUUGCUAAUUUUAACACCGAAAGAAUUAGUAGAGUUAUUUGGGAAAGAAGAAGAAGAUUGGUCAGAAAGUACAUUGUAUUCUUCUAUCAAAGCAGAACAUGGAUAUACUAUGGAUUCACAAACAGUUCAUGAUUUAAUAAACAUUCUGAAAUAUUUUAACAUCAACCAGAGGAGGCUAUUUUCGCAAUUCUUAACAGGUUCUCCAAAGUUACCAAUUGGUGGUUUCAAGUGUUUAAAACCUAAACUCACAGUUGUUUUGAAAACUCCUGAAGAUAAUUUAACUCCAGACCAAGUCCUUCCAAGUGUUAUGACUUGUGCAAAUUAUUUGAAACUUCCAAAAUACUCGAGCAAAGAAAUAUUGAAGUCAAGGAUUGACCAGGCGAUGAGAGAAGGUUCCGGUGCAUUUUUGCUGUCUUAA